GGGUGUCCAAGGGCCCUCCCUUUGUGACACGUGGUGACAUAGGAGCUGGCGGUGACAAGAGCACGCCACAGUGCUUGGUGCACGCAUCAGGACAGGACAGAACCGAGUAGUGCUGUGAGGAGCCCCCCCACAGCGUGCUCAUUUGUGUCUGACCCAGCAAUUUUCCAAGGCGUUAUUCCUGCAGCUGACCUCGCGGCCAGACUGUGGGACUUGGUGAUCAGAAUCAUUUACGAGGAGUCUCCUGUCAUUGUGGCAGGAGCCCUCCAGACCACAGUGCAGGACUUGCUGUCCUGCAGCCUUCCUGAGGCUCCUCUGUCUCAGGUGUCUUCAAGGGUCAACUGCAAUUGUUGACUUGGAUAUAUCCUGAGGCAUCUCUCUAGAAGGUGCCUUCAAGGCUAGCUGGUGGAAUGGCGGGCAGAUUUCUCAGCCUGUGCAAAGUGUUCAGGAGGGGAAAAAAGAAAGGCCCUGGAGCUGCCCCAGCACAACAGCCUGAAGAGCCAGAGCAGAUCCAGACACUGCAGGAUGAUGCAGCCCUGGGCCGGACACAAGAGCGGGAACCCACCCGUGGCCGCUUCCACAGAACCCUGAAGAUGUUCCGGAGGUUCCUGCGCAUUCGGCGUAGAAAGACCGGCAGCACAGCAGCUGAGGGCCCGGCCGAGCCUGACUCGGGGAUGACCGAGCUCCAGGCAGAGCCUGAUGUCAGCCCAGAUUCGGCUGAGCUCUCAGAAGACUCUGAGGCUGCAGUGAAUGGUCACAGGGCAAAGCCUGAGAUGGCAGUGACUGAGGAUGUGCCCAUCACAAACGCCAAAACCAGAGAGACUCAGGGCCUCACAAAUACUGGUACCACGCCUGCUCCAACUAUGAUUCCUGCUCCCACUAUGGAUUUUUUCAAAGAGACUGCUGUUCCUUCUCAGCAGCGGGUGCCAGCCAAGGUGAAGGACAUCCACCAGAGUCUCCUGUCCCACGUCUCUGCGGAUGCCAGGCUGCAAAUGGACAUUGUGAGGCUGGCAGAAGAGCACCCUGCUGACGUGGUGCUGACCCUCCUGCGCUGUGCCCCAACGUGUGACAGAGCAGCUGCAAUGAUGUGGAGAGCCAUAGCCUCAUCGGGACCAGCAGUGGAGAAAGUGCUGCCAACACUGCUCUGUGUGAUGGAGGACUGGCCACAGCACAGAAUGUGCACCUCCGAUGGGGACAACGAGGAUGUUUUUGCCCUGGCUGCAACUCUGGUGAUCUGGCUGAUUGUGCCCGAGUACAACAAGGCGAUGAUCCCUUUUACUGGGCAAUUGUUUGUGGCUCUCCUCUUCCAUGUUGCCAUCGCCACACAGCAGAUGCCACCAGAGGAAGUUGGUCACUUCUGGAGAGCAUGCCAGGAGGAACACCGCCUUCCCAGCAAGCCCAACAGGUUUGCAGUGCAGGCCAUGAAGGCUCUGCUUUACCGACUGCCGUGUGACAAGGUGGUGAUGGCUAUGGAGCACAAGCGUGGCUGGGACACGCUGCUGUGUGCUCACACCCAGCACUAUGCCGUGGGUCUGCUGGCCAGGGAGAUGCGCCGUGUCUCGAUCCUUUUCUGUUCUUGCAUCGCAUCCCACGUGCUCUGGCACCUCAGCAGGAAGAAGCCGUGCUGGGAUCUGCCUGCCCUGGCAUUCCUUGUGGAGGUCCUGGAUUGCCUGGACUUCAGUAAAUAUGGUGGCAGCGUCCUGAACAUCAUGUCAGGGCACCUCCAGAGUGAAUGCAGUCAGAGGCGUCGCCUGGCACUCAGAGGCCUCGUGCUGCUCAGCAAGGAUCCCUCGAUGGCCAGAAGGAUGUGCAGUCUGUCUCGCAGCCUUCUGGAGCUGCUGGGGGAUGCAGAUGAAGAGGUGGUCAGCAUGAGCCUCCGUGUGCUCACGAAUGUGCUCCCGCACCACGGCAUCCUGUUAUCCGGCAUCAUUGCCCCAAAGCUGGCUGAGGUGCUCCUGCUGCUCUUUGACCACAAAAACAGCCACGUGCAGUUGCUCUGCAUUCAGCUCUUCUGUAAGGUAAUGGAAUUGGUAGCAGAUGAGGGGAAAAAGCCCCUGAAGACAAUUGUGAAUGAGAGCCUGUACGCACUUUUAAUCUACUGUCAUGAUGACAACUGGCACGUGGCAAAGGCCUCUCGGGAAACGCUGCAUUGUGCGGCCAAGUUCCUGACGAGGAGAGAUCUCGAACAGCUGGUGGAGAAGGAGCAGCUGUCAAAGUUUGUCAAGUGCCUGCUGGCAGAGGACAGGAUCCGAGCGGCCGAGCACCUGCGCCGGGCCCUGCCCUACCUGGAGAGCCCAGAGGAGCCCCUGCGAGAGGCGGCCCUCAGCUUCAUGGAGAUGGACGAGUUUCCCAUGAUGAGGGGGCAGCAGGAAGAGCUCCACGCCCUCAGUCAGGGCCUUGAAGCCCCAAGGAAUAAUGCCAGCCAAUCCUGCUCUAAAAAUGAAAUCAGUGUCCCAAGAACAGCACCAGGAGACACUGAAGAGGACAUCACAUCUUAGUGCUGCUGGCGCUCCAGGCAGAGCUGACGCUGGGCACAAUUCUUGUGGCCUCAGCCCUCUCCCUGCCUCUAGAUAGCUCCCUCCCUCUAGAUAGCUCCCUCCCUCCAGCCCUCAGACACUGUCCGUCCCCAUUUUUUCCCUCCACUCUUCCUGUCUUUUGACAGCUCCAUUCCUCUAGUCCUCAGACCCUGCCCAUUCCCUUUUUUUACCUCCCAGCUCAUCCCUUUGUUUCAUCUUCCAUUAAUAAAGAGUUUGGCUUUUUCA